GGAUUAGAUUGUAAUAUUAUCCACGUGGGUUUACUUAUAUCGGAGAUCAUUAUUAUUUAGAGAAAAUAUUGAAUAAAUAUUAUUUCUAACAAUGGGUCGUAAAAUUCCUGGGAAGAAACAUCGUGGCAUUAAAGAUCCAGAGAAACAACGUGCUAGACGAUUAGCCGAGUUAGAAACGAAAAUAAAUGCACCGCCGAAGGAUGUCCGGGAACAAGCGAUACCGAAAAGUUUGGAAAAAGUUAUUAGACUUAAGGAAGCUGUUAAAUCAGGUAGAAUAAGUAAAGUGAAGAAAUCGAGGAAAAAGAAGAAAAAUAAAUUGAUAUGCGUGGGUGGCGAGCAACCAAAAUCGGUGCAUCCUAAAUCAAAACCGGAAAAAGCGGUUCCAAUAUUUCAACAAAAACCUGGAGAAAGUAACAACAAAUUUUUUUAUCGCGUUAGUCAAGAAACUCAUGCGUUUAUCAAUGAAACUGCCUUCGAGAAAAAGUUCAAUGUCCUUGUAAAUAGAAAUACUGAGACCGGUGAGAUUGAAGGUUUAUCCAAACAGCCUAAAGAUGAGUUGGACGAGUUAGAAAAGUUAAGAGCAAAACAUAAAAAUAUUAAAAAGAAGAAGAAAGUUAAAGAAGGGGAAGGUGAUAUGAAUCUUACCAAAUCUCAAAAGAGAAGGCAGAAGUUACAGAUUAAGAAGAAAAAAAAGGAGGAAGAUUUGAUAGACAAUUUUGAAACUUUUCAAGAUGAAGUUCAAUUUGGAGAAACUGUGCAUGCACCUCCUGUAUUAACUACAAAACCGAGAAAAGCUAUGGUGACAGAUGAGGAUGGCAGUGUCAAGCCAGGAAAGAGAAAUUUGCUUCUAAAUUCAUUAUUCACAAAGAACGAUUCAUCCAAUAAUAAUUCCACAAAAUCAAUCACCAUUGACAGAUCUGGUAAACGUAAAAAUCUACCAGCUAGCGAAAGGAGACAACUAGAAAAAGAACAAAGUAGUGUAAUUGCAGCAUACAGACAGUUGAAAGCUAAACGAUCUGCUGAUGUUGAUACUUAGGAACGCGUUUGCUUCUAUCACUUGGAGGGAAGAAAGAGGGAAGAAAGAGGGAAGGAAGGAUUGCGUGACAGAAAAACGGAUCGAAACUUAUUACGAUUUAAAUCGAAUCAAAUCAUAUCAAGGGACUCUAUAUGAAAAUUGAAUCUUCUUUAUUAAAGAAUGACAAAGAAGGACGAACGGGUUAAUGAAAUAUUAACGAUAUCGAUCAGAUCGCGUUGAAGAAGAAGUAAAUCGUUAGACAUACGUAAAUUCGAAGUUUUCUUGCUUGAUUGAAAUCGAACUUUUUCUUGCUCGUUGACCCAGGAGAAACGGUAGGAAAGUUUAUUCCAUUAGCUGCUCUUGAGCGUGGUACGGCUGCUGCUGUUGCAGUAGCAAAGAAGGUGGUCCGAUGCGAAGAAACGUCGAGCUUUUAACAGUUAAUAUUGUUUCCAUUCUCUUUCCACUAUAACUCCUCGUAUACUGUCUUUCGAAUAAAAGUGGUGUUCGUUCUUUGUGGUAACACCCUGUGUGUCGUCUAUUUUAUUUUUCUCAUAUUUGAACACACAUAAGGACAAUUAUACAUAUAAUAUUCUUUUCAAAAAUAAGAAUAGUUGUAACAGUUUUGAAUAAUUCAUCGUAAGUUAAAAUAAACAUAUCGUGUAAUUUGUCCGAUAUUAUUACAUCCGAUUGUUUAAUAUUUGUAUAACGAUGAUAUCCUACAGAUUACUCUUUUGAAACGUUUGUACAGUUACUUUUUGGUUAAAGCAAUGAGAGAAAUUGGGAAAUAGUUUUGCUGGAAGUAGACUAUUUGGUUAGCGCGUCGUUUCAUCUUCCGGCUUGUUUAAUUAAACAAUAGUCGUUGACGGAAAUGGAGCGAGAAGAUCGCUCGAUUCACCCUUUUCCUCUUUUUUUCCUUUUUUUUCCCUUUUUUUUUCCUCCACCCAUUCUCUCCUCCCGCUCCUAUCCCAUCCCAUAUUCUCUUAAUGUGUAUACGAGAGUUAGAUUACUGUUUUGUUGAAAAGCAAAUAAAAAAAAAGACAUACCUAUUUUGAUCAGUUUGACAAUAGGUUUACGAUCAACAACCUUCAUGCUUUUGAUUUAGUAUACUUUAUAUUGUCACGUGAUGGUUACGAACAUAGUCGUAAAAAUGUGUUUCUUUUUACUCGUUUGACUCAAUUUAUCGUAGUGUGUUGAUGAGAAACUAGUUACGUUGUAUUUGACAAUUACCCAUUACCCGCCAAUGCCC